UGUCGUCGACGACCGCCGCUAAACCUAACCCAGCAGACGACGUGGUGGCACUCGACUUGUCAACGGGCAACAUGGCGUCCGCAACGUCUUAGCGCUUCCCGAUGUAUUCGAUUGUCUUAUAGAGCAAAAUAUCAGAGUUGUUAUCUUGUACGGAAGGGACCGAGAGUAAUAAGUUCUCUAAGUUGACGAUAAUCACGGGGUGGAAGAUCGUACUCUGACAUUUCUCGCUCUUGCGUAUAUUUCCGUGCCGUUACUGAUGGACGACGAUACGAUCGCUUUUGGAGAGGAGGAAGAAGCCGCACAAAAUGCCAAUAAGCUUAAGCACCCGUAUGUUACACUGUUUCACUUGGCCUUUAGGAUAGCGGCUAUAGUAGUUUACAUGCUUUGCGGUUGGUUUUCUAAUAGUUUUAUAGCGAGCUUUGUAACAGUGGUCCUACUUUUAUCAAUGGAUUUUUGGACGGUAAAAAAUGUCACGGGUAGAUUAAUGGUCGGCCUGAGAUGGUGGAAUUAUGUGGAUGACGAUGGCAAAAGUCAUUGGGUUUUUGAAUCUAAAAAGGGUGCACAACAGAAUCGCAUUAAUCCAACAGAGGCGCGCAUUUUUUGGUUGGCUCUGAUCUUGUGCCCACUUUUCUGGUCCGUAUUGUUCACUGUCGCGUUGUUUGGUUUAAAAUUCAAGUGGCUUCUGCUUGUUUGCAUUGCCAUUGUUUUGAACGGUGCGAAUUUAUACGGCUAUGUCAAAUGUAAAAUGGGAAACGAUCAAAAUAUCUCAACGGCCACUAGUGAUUUCAUCAAGAAACAAGUGUUCCAAAAUGUCGCUUCUAUGAUGACGAGGAGCCCGCCAACAACAAGUAAUUCCAAUCAAAUGACUAAUGUAAUAUAGAUCUGUAAAUUUACAGUCAUUCAAAAAUUUCGCAUUUACAAGCUGUAUAAUUUAAUAAAUAUUUGUACAUAAUAAUAA